GGACUAGAGAGCAAGCCGCGAGGAAGUCGGUGCAGUCAAGAUCCCCUUCCCCGUCCCAGCGCAUCGCGUCUCCGCCGAGCUCGCGGGCACGCCGGGACCCCUCCCCAGAACCGGCCGGACCCCAGGUGCCGUGGCCUUGGGGGGCGCGGGGCGUCCCGGGUCGCGGUGCCCGCCCCUGGCAGUGCCACCACCGCAGCCGCGGGGCAGUCUCCAAGCGGCGAUCUCCAAGCGUUGCUCGGCUCGGCCGCGGGCCAGGAGGGGAGGGUCUGGCCUUGCUCGGCAGGCGUCCAUUGGCGGCUUCCCCCGGCCUCCGCGCCAUGCCGCGGGCUGUGUGAGCGGCGGCAGCACCGGAUCUCGCAGGUGUCCGCGGACGCGCCAGGCCCAUUUGGGUAGGGGGCGCCUCACUCGCUAUGCUGCGAGGGCCCCGGAUCUUGGCUUCGGCCACUGGGCAGCACCCGAAGGUGGUACCGGCGAUGAGCCCCACCGAGCUGUGGCCGCCCGGCCUCAGCAGCCCCCAGCUCUGCCCAGCUACUACCACCUACUACACGCCGCUGUACCCGCAGACGGCGCCUCCCGCUGCGGCGCCCGGCACCUGCCUCGACGCCACUCCCCAUGGACCCGAGGGCCAAGUUGUGCGAUGCCUGCCGGCAGGCCGGCUGCCGGCCAAAAGGAAGCUGGAUCUGGAGGGGAUUGGGAGACCCGCCGUCCUUGAGUUCCCAACCUCCAAGGGGAAGUUCAUCAGAGUGGAUGGCCUCCCCAGCCCCAAAACCCCCAAAUCCCCCGGGGAGAAGACUCGAUAUGACACCUCGCUGGGGCUGCUCACCAAGAAGUUCAUUUACCUUCUGAGCGAGUCCGAGGAUGGGGUCCUGGACCUGAACUGGGCCGCUGAGGUGCUGGAUGUGCAGAAGCGGCGCAUCUAUGACAUCACCAAUGUGCUAGAGGGCAUCCAGCUCAUCCGCAAGAAGGCCAAGAACAACAUCCAGUGGGUAGGCAGGGGAAUGUUUGAAGACCCCACCCGGCCUGGGAAGCAGCAACAGCUGGGGCAGGAGCUGAAGGAGCUGAUGAACAGGGAGCAGGUCCUGGACCAGCUCAUCCAGAGCUGCUCUCUGAGCUUCAAGCACCUGACUGAGGACAAGGCCAACAAGAGGCUGGCCUAUGUGACUUACCAGGAUAUCCGUGCUGUCAGCAACUUUAAGGAACAGACAGUGAUUGCCGUCAAGGCUCCGCCGCAGACGAGACUGGAAGUGCCCGACAGGAAUGAGGACAACCUGCAGAUAUAUCUCAAGAGCACCCAAGGGCCCAUCGAAGUCUACCUGUGCCCAGAGGAGGUGCAGGAGCCGGACAGUCCUUCUGAGGAGCCCCUCCCUUCUACCUCUACCCUCAGCCCCAGCCCUGACUCUGCCCAGCCCAGCAGUAGCACCGACCCUAGUAUCAUGGAGCCCACAGCAUCCUCAGUGCCAGCGCCAGCACCGGUCCCCCAGCAGGUCCCACCGCCUCCAUCCCUGGUGCCCUUGGAGGCUACUGACAGCAUGUUGGAGCUGCCACACCCACUCCUGCAGCAGACCGAGGACCAAUUCCUGUCCCCAGCCCUGGCGUGCAGCUCCCCUCUGAUCAGCUUCUCACCGUCCUUGGACCAGGAUGACUACCUGUGGGGCCUGGAGGCGGGUGAGGGCAUCAGUGACCUCUUUGACUCCUAUGACCUAGGGGACCUGUUGAUUAAUUGAGUGGCCCUGCCUGCCUCCAGCAGCCUGCCCCUGACUCUACCUCCUCACAGACAGGCUGAGAGGUCCUUUGCCUGCACAGGGACAUUGGACACUAGGUGCUGCCCUCAGGCCAUGGGGUCUCCUCUCCUUCCCCGCCCUGGCCAGCAGAAGCUGUGUGGGGAGGUGUGGAUGAUGCGGGUGCGGUGCGGAUAAGAGAGUGGGUCCUCACUUUCCUAGUGGAAGCUGGGCCUGGGGAGGCCCAUCCAGUCUUCUGACCUCUGACUUCUCACGAGAAGGCUGCAGGUGAGGUGGCCAAGUCCAGGAAAAGGCCCUGCUACCUCCUUUUGAGGAGUAAUUACCUCGACAAACCAAGAAGCACCUAAUGCCUUUGUAUUUAUUUCAGGUGGAGUUGUGUUUGUUUGUUCCCCCUGAAUUUUAGCAGGGAGAUUAUUCUAGGUUUUAGUGUGACCUCUGCAGACAGGCCCAUUGGGCCCAUGGCUGUCCGUGUUCUGGGGCAGGUCUGGGUUUCCAAGGGAGGGGCCCAGGUCAAGUCCCUGCUUUCCCCACGGUGGUGGGGACUGGGUCUUUGAGGGGCUGUACGGUCUGCCAGGAUGCUAAUUGCACUUAGGCCUCAUAAUUCUAGUAAACAGCCCCUGCGGGCCCUUUCACCCUGCCCCCUGCUCUCAGCCUCACAUCUCCAGCUGAGGCACCACCUUUGGCUUCCUGGUCCCCUCUGUCCCAGAGAUGGUUCCAGAGAGCCAUCCCAGGGCAGGUAACACUGAGGCUCCUGUGGAAACAGGAGCUGCCGGCUCAGGAGACUCCUUUCCUGAGGAAGUUCUUACCUCUCCCUGCCCUUGGGGUGUAAAAAUAGUCCAGCAGAGACAAGGUCCUGAGAAAAACAGACAGGAACAUGCGGGCAGCUGUCAUGGCUGUGGCGGGCACCUUUCCUCAGAGUUUCUGCCUUGCCCUGGUCCAGGAGCCGUUUCACACCAAGGACUUGGUAGGCAGAGGCAGCCCCACCAUAAAGAAGGGUUAGAUUAAAACAAGAUACUGCCAAAAGCAUCCUGUCGGCCCCCAUGUAGCGCUGGCAUCAUUCUCUGCUUCCCUGGGAGGACUUUUUCUACCAUGUUUAUUGAAGGGGAUGAUUGUUGAAGGACGUCUCCACCCCUUAGAGCUCACUUAGACCCCCAAGGACAGAGGUGACUGGCGCUUGGUGACUUGUUCACCCCUUUUUUCCCUGGUGUGCUGAAGGGGUGACAGAGAGAGGUUGUCAUGGCAGACCAGGUCGUGGCAGCUAAUGGGGAGAGGGACUCAUGUUACUUUGUCAGGCUUGGGGUCCUGAGGGGGUCUUUUGGCUUCAGCCUGUUUCCCCAGAGGCUUAAUCAUCUCACAUCGUCCCUGCAACCCACAACCCACCUUGGGAUGUGGAUGCUCUGGGCUGAACCAAGGCCGUGCCUUCUGGAGAGAGGCACAGGUUGGUCUGAGAGGCCCACCACCCACCCCUCAGGGAGCCAGGUUUUCUUAGAGGCUCAGCUGGACAGCACUUUUAAAAAAAGAGUUUAUAGCAUUAAGCUGGUUUAAAAUA